AUGUGGAGGAAACUACUAAAGCUAAGAGAUGAGGCGUAUGGCUUUUUCAGGAUGGAGGUAAAGGAUGGGAAAUCAACGCACUUUUGGUUUGAUGACUGGCUUGGUAAGAGGAGGUUGAUUGAAAUUACUGGAGCAGUAGGUACUACAUACCUGGGACUGCCUCGUCGAGCCACAGUUAACGAGGCAGUAAAUCAGAAUGGUUGGGCGAUUAAAGGUCAACGUAGUCGCCAUCAUCAUGAGCUCUAUGAGACUGUUGUUGCACAGCCGGUCCCUGCUCCUCAACUGGGACGAGAUGUAGUUCUAUGGAAACAUGGAGAUGAUGAUUAUAGAGAAAGUUUCUCGAGUGCUAAAACAUGGGAUCAAAUUAGACUGAAGAAGGAAACAGUGGGCUGGAGCAAGGUGGUUUGGUUUGCACAGGAGGUCCCGCGAUUCUCGUUCAUUACCUGGCUAGCGGUCAAGAAUAGGCUAUCAACAGGUGAUAGGAUGCGGAUUUGGGGGAUGACGCAAUGCUGUACACUUUGUGAAGAGAUCAAUGAGACAAAGGAUCAUUUGUUCUUUGCUUGCCCAUAUUCAUUCACAGUAUGGCAUAGCAUGGCAACUCGUAUUCCUGAAUCUCAUACGGACCCUGAUUGGCAGUUGACUCUUGAGCACCUACCGGAGAUGAGAGCUGGUGCGAUGGAUACUAUCCUCCUCAAAAUGUUAUUUCAGGCGACAAUCUAUCAUAUUUGGAGAGAGCGCAACGCGCGAAAACACCACACUGGAUGGAUAUCUACUGAUGUAACGCGCACAUUGAUAGAUAAAUCGAUGAGAAACCGCAUAUCAUCACUCAAGAAUAAGGCUAGGCAUAAAUACACGGGAUUACUUCAAAAAUGGUUCUUACACACUAUGUAG